UGUUUUGUUCCAGUCUUUCAUCCCAAAAAUAAGCACUUUUAUUGUAGUCAUUAUACGUUUGUGGUCAGAUAUUACACCUCUUUUUUCUUUCUUUUAUUUGUAUAUUUAUGAUCCAUCGACUGCCAUUUACCAGUGAAGAUUCUGAAAUGGCUUUCCCAAGUAAUGCAAAUCUACCCCAGAUGAGUAGAUCCUCUCCCAAUGGGAGUGAUCAGAUUUUUAGUCACGAGCAGAUCAACUAUUUGCAGCAAAAAUAUCGGGAAAAUCCGCAGCCAUCCGAUAGCGAGAUCAAUGAUAUGGCGACCACGGUGAAAUUGAACGAGCAAUUGGUCCGAUCUUGGUAUUUACAUCGAGCGAACUUUGAUAGAGGACAGUUCGCAUCAUUGGAAGCUCUCAGAGGGAGUUUGAGUAUUCCUGGCCAAUCAGCAGACAGUAUGGCAAAAUUAUUUGCUCUUUUGCAAUCCCAUCAAAUGCAGGAAGCGCAACAAAAAACACCUGAAAAUAUGGCGCAGCAACAAGAAAUUGAACGACAAUUACAACUUCAAUUACAACAACAUCUCCAACAACAACUAGUUCAACAUCAGCAACAGUCACAAUUACCAGCUGCAGGAACCUUGGAACACCCUAUUCUUAUUCCUUCUACUACAAUGAUGCCUUCACCUAAUACACUGACCUCAACGGCAGUGACUAAUCCCACUACUACCACUGCUGAAUCGUACGACUAUAAGCCAACUUAUGCGCCAGCAAUCGCCAGCUUGCCAGGAUUACCGAUUAUACCUUCCAGCGCAAAAUCGAGUACUGCUCCAGAGGAAAAUAAAUCAGAAUCUUCCAUGUCUGAUCAAACAAAUUCUUCCGAUAAAGCUUCUGUGGAUUCGCAAGAUUUUAUGUCGGAAUUCACUGAGGGUAUCAAAUCAGACACAGCCUAUGAGCACUUUCAGAAACUGAUCAUGACAGAAGAGCGCAUAGCGAUGCAAAUCGCUAUCCUGAAAACCGUUGUUUUGACAACAAAUGACGAAAUGUUGCAGAGACUCGCAAGAUCGACCAAUGUUGGUCAUCGAUUUGUUGCAUGGAUUAACUCGGGCCUGAAAGAUUGGAACAUCCCCUUGCUUUAUCAAAUCACACAGGCCUUGAAUCAUUUACCGUACGAUUUGGAUACUUUAAAAACAUGCAAGUUGGGGAAAGCGAUCAAAGCCAUGAAAAAGAGAGCUACGAGUCACGGUAAAUGGAUAAAUACGAAAAAAGGACAAUAAGCCAUUUAGGCAAUAUCACUCAUAUGAACAAAAACAGGAGAUCCUUUGCUCGAAACAGAAAUUGAUAAAGUAAUGAACAAGUGGCGCGAUUUGUUACCAAAAGACGACGCUAUGAUAUCUGAAAAAUCGGCCGACUCAAGGGAUGCGCUUCACGAUGACGA